AUGCAGUGGAUGAGCUUUCUUUGCCCUCUGAUCGCCUUGCAGGCUGGCCUCGGCACUGCUUGGGGCACCCAUGUCAAGCGGGGAUCGGAGACCAAUGCCACUUUGUUGGCCUACGGACAGAACUCUUCCGCUUAUCCCAUCGCUUACGGGCUCAGUGAUGGCCUCCUGUACAUCGCCCAAAAUCCGGAGAACACAGCAGCAGACCUGACGCCCAUGUAUUGGGACCUGCCCUCCAUAACGGACGACUGCUGGAUCGUGAACGGCACGUUCAUGAACGGGACUCGCGCGGGUUCCCUGUACAUCCGACCGGAAAGCGACAACUGUCUCGGCGUGCUACCUUUUGCCCAGGCUAAAGGGGUGAAUGGUGUUGUCACGGGCUUUGGCCUCUUUGCAUCGCAGCUGGUCUACAACAAUAAUACCCAGCUGGAAGCACAAUUCUGGGCGGCAAAGACGGACACUGAAGAUGUCUACAAGCUGGUGUGGGUGGAAGACUCUGCCCAACUUGCGAGCGAAAGCUUUCCCGUGGUGGUGAAGGCGUCCGAGGACUCGACUUGA